AAGCUAUCGAUUUCCCGGGCGCACGGACGCGAAGCUGCAGAAAUAACCGGAAAAAACGUCUCUAAUCGCCAAGUCCUUAACCCCGCUGUCAAUGACUGAACUCCAAGGUGCCGCCUUUCCUGCCCUCUGCACAGCUUCCGUCUUCUCUGUUUCCCAUGUCGAAGAACGUUCUCGCCCGGAUCAAACCCCUUCGCAACCCAACCGCCUCCUCUUCCCCGAAACCCCACCUCAAGCGGUUCGUCAACGAGGCCAUCCGCAUCCUCCGCGACCCAUCAUCUCCCCAGUGGCAGGAUUCCCUCGGGGACCACUUCGCCGGGGCCGGAAUCCUCGUCUCCGACGUCGCCCACCACGUGUUUGAUAGAGUGUACGACCCCGGUUUGGCCCUGCGGUUCUUCCAUUGGGCGUCCGAGCGGCGCCGGCGACAUGGGUCGCUCGGGGAGAGCGGGUACUCCUCGCUGUUGAAGCUCCUCGCCAAGUGCCGGCUGUUCCCGGAGAUCGAGUUGGUGCAGGGGAGCAUGAUGGGAGAGGACGUUAAGCCGACUCGCGAGGCCGUGAAUGUGCUGAUCCGUUCGUAUGCGGACUGCGGGAUGGUUCAUCAGGCGCUUCGGAGUUACGAUGCCAUGCGGGAAGUCUGCAGUUGCUGGCCGGAUGUUUUCGCUUGUAAUUGUUUGCUUAACGCGCUCGUGAAUCACGGGCGAACGCGGGAUGCCCGUCGGGUUUAUGAUGAAAUGCUUGCUAGAGAGGAGGCGGAGGGUGUUGGCGCCGUGGAUAAUUUUAGUGUUUGCAUCAUGGUCAGGGGUUUGUGCAGCGAAGGCAAAGUUGAGGAAGGUGAGAAAAUGAUCCAGGAUAGGUGGGGACAUGGUUGUGUACCGAAUGUGGUCUUUUAUAAUACGCUUAUUGAUGGAUAUGUUAAGAUUGGGAAUGUUGACAAGGCCCACGCACUUUUCAAAGAGUCAAUAUCGAAAGGCUUUUUGCCCACGCUGCAAACUUUUGGGUCCAUGAUCAGAGGUUUUUGCAUUGAAGGGAAAUUUGAUUUGGUUGAUAAGCUCAUCACUGAAAUGGAGGAGAGGGGUCUUGGUGUCAGUCUGUAUAUAUACAAUACGAUUAUUGAUGGUCUCUACAGGCAUGGUCGUGAAGUAGAAGCUGUGAAAAUGGUAGAAAAUAUGGUUCGAAGUGGUUGUGAACCAGACAUUGUGACAUACAAUAUCUUGAUUGCUUCUUUGUGUAAGGAUUGGAGGCUGAGGGAAGCUGAGGGUUUUCUUGGAAAGGCACUUAGAAAAGGGUUCUCAUCAAACAAGUUAACCUGUACUCCGCUGAUACUAGCGUAUUGCAGACAAGGGGAAUAUGAGAAAGCAUCCAAUUUGCUCGUUGAUAUUGCAGAAAGAGGAGAGAAGCCUGACAUGGUUACUUAUGGUGCUUUCAUCCAUGGAACCGUUCUCCAUGGGGAUAUUGAUGUAGCCUUGACAGUAUACAGAAAAAUGAUGGAAAAGGGAGUUUUCCCUGAUGCAGGUAUAUACAAUGUCUUGCUGAGUGGGCUUUGCAAGAAAAGCAGGCUUGAAGCUGCCAAGUUGCUACUCAUGGAGAUGCUUAACCACAACAUAGACCCAGACCAAUAUGUUUUUGUUACUAUAGUUGAUGGGUAUGCGAGACAUGAAAAAAUCGCAGAAGCUAAGGAUAUUUUCGAAUUUGCAAUUAGGAAGGGUCUGAAUCUCGGUGUUGUUGGGUACAACGCGAUGAUUAAGGGCUACUGCAGGCUCGGAAUGAUGAAGGACGCAAUGUCUUAUUUCCAUGGAAUGUUAAAGGAGCGGCUCAUGCCAGAUGAGAUUACUUAUACCACUAUUAUCGAUGGGUAUGGAAAGCAGCUGGACUUGGACAAAGCAAUGAGUAUGUUCAGCCAGAUGAUUAUGAGAAAAUGCAAGCCAAACGUGGUCACCUAUACCUCUCUUAUAGAUGGGUUUUGCUGCAGUAAAAAUCUUGAUAGAGCUGAGGAUUUAUUUUUUGAAAUGAAAUCUUCUGGCUUAGAGCCUAAUGUGGUAACAUACAGUAUACUAAUAGGCAGUUCUUUUAAGGAGGGAAGGCCUGAAAAAGCGGCCUCCUUUUUUGAACUGAUGCUGGAGAAUAAUUGCAGUCCAAAUGAUGUUACACUUAAUUAUCUUGUCCAUGGGCUCAUCGACAACAUAUCUAGCUCGACGUCUGAGAUAGUUAAUAUAUAUCAAGGGAAGAAAUGUAUUUCCCUUAAACUUUUUAGAGAUAUGACAUUGGACCAAUGGGCACCACAAGCUGCUGCUUACAGUGUUAUACUUAUUUGUCUUUGCCAGCACAAAAUGGUUAAAGAUGCUCUAAUGUUGUACGAUAAGGUGACAAAGAAGGGAUCACUUCCUGAUCCUGUCUUAUUGGCUUCUCUGCUUCACGGGAUUUUCUUAGAAGGUCAAUCACAGGCCUGGAAGGGUCUAAUUCCAUGCAAUUUGAGCAAAGAGGUUCUGAAGGUAGCUUCAAAAUACUCAUCGAUGUUGGACAAUUACUUGUAUGAGGGAAGGAGUUCAGAGGCUUCUUAUGUUUUACAAACUCUGGAGGCGAACCAUGGGUCUUGUGAUCUAAAUGUGCACGAGGUGGGAGUAACAUAAGAGGACCUUAUUCUUCAGUGUGUUUCUAGGACAGAAAGUUUUGUGGCCUGGGGGCAAUUCCAUAGAUAUGCAUUGACGUUGCUGUCUCAGUGUUGCCUUCUCCAGAGUGAGGACUGUAAACUUAAAACGCCUUUCAGGUGAAGUCAAGUCCCAUCUGGUUUUGAACCGUCAUCUGAUGGUUCCUCUGCAGUUUUGGGGGAGCUGCUUCACUCUUGUCAAUAAGUUGGAUUCGAUGAUGAAACUUUGAUGCUGCUUACUGCAAAUGAUUCUUCCAUUGAUCCUGGAGCAUAACAAAUGUUGAUAGCUGCAGGAAACAGCUUGUCUUUGAUAAAUAUAAGCAUUAUGACCAGGCAAGCGGUUUAAAUGGAGUGCUAGCCAGGUCGGGUUGCUUUGCUCAAUGACUCAAUAGGUUUUGAGGCGGGACUAUUUGCCGAUUACAUAUUCAGAGCAGCUGUUCAGCUGUAAAGCAAGCUUUAUGUGGGAAUGUUAAGUUGAUUCCUGAUGAAGGCAAGCCUCAUCAAUCAAAAGACCAAUUUCUUUGAUACAACUGUAUAUACUGUAAUGCACAGCUAUGAGAGGAGAUAAAGAUUUCGUAUACUGGGUUUUUUUUCCCCUUCUUGGUGGGAGCAUGAGAAUUUCUUCAUUUAGUUUUUGGAAGACAAAGGUUUUCGUUCAACAUCAAAGCAUGUCAAUCACACUCCAUAAAGAAACUCUUCCAGUUUCAAUUAACCUGCCAACUUGGGGAGGUGCCUU